AUGGGUGACACUCCAUUGGCGUCGUUGUCGCUUACGCACGUCCAUUAUAACCCGGAAGACCCUUGGUCCUUUCUCUCGGCAUGGCUUGCCCUCGUUCCGCAGGCCCUCUGUGUCUCGUACGCAACCCUAAUUUGGGCCUCGAGGGAGGUCGAGGUGAUCUUGAUGUUUGUGGGUCAGAUGGGCUGCGAGGCAUUGAACUUUGUCCUGAAACGGGUUAUCAAGGAAGAGCGACCGAAGGAAAUGUUCGGUAAGGGCUACGGCAUGCCAUCAUCCCAUGCACAGUUCAUCACCUUCUUCGCCGUCUACCUGACCUUGUUUAUCCUCUUUCGACAUACUCCGGCCUAUGCAAGCCCCUAUCCAUACUGUGGUGUUUUGCUACGAGGUGCAGUGACUCUGGUACUGUGUGCUGGUGCUAUCGCAGUGGCCAGUAGCCGGGUUUAUCUGAACUACCACACACCGAGGCAAGUUCUUGCUGGCUGUGCUGCAGGCUUUGUGUGCGCCUGUGGCUGGUUUGUGGUGACGGGACUGCUCCGACGUUGGGGAUGGGUUGACUGGGCAGUGGAAUUGACAGUCUCCCGGCUUGUGCGGGCUCGUGAUCUGGUGGUAACUGAGGACUUGGCCGAGGCCGGCUGGCAACGAUGGGAAUCUCGGAGAUUGAAGUGGCGAGGCCAUAGUGAAGCACCCAAUCACGUGCACCAUCCCGUAUCGAAAUCACGGAUCACCGCAACUCCCACCGUCCGUACUUACGCGGUUGAGCACGAUGCCAAAGUGAUGGAGGUGCCUCCAGAGGAUGCUGAUGCAAGUCUGCAAGAGCAGCACAUUGUUAAGGCCGAUGAGGUUGACCAGACUGGGACCGAUAUAUCACCCGUCCCAGAUGAUCAACUGAUGGAAGUGGUAGUUGAGGGUCUGCGACAAGAACAAGCCUCUCCAGCUGUGCCUGAGACCGAGUCAGCAUCACAGCCUGCUAAGGCGGCCCGGCGACCUGAGUUGCGUCGAGAUGGCUCGGCACCUCCCCCACCACUCCAACCGCCACCUCCAGCCCCAGUUCAACAAAAUAUAGGCCAAGCGACAGACUCACUUAGUCUGGCCCAGCUGCGGCGACUGGUGCACGAAAUGCCCAAAGUUGAGCAACCAGCUUAUGCAUUUGAAUAUGCCGAUGCCCAGCCUUUUCCCGAUGAGAUCGAGGAAUGGUUCCAGUACAAUGACUUCGACCGUGUAAUGCUGAUGGGCAUGAAAACAACAUUUAACCACGUGUGGCAUACUUUCUACCAGCAACACACGUCUGACCCUCACCAGCUGUCGUGGCAAGAUGCCCCCGAGGAUUUACAGCGGUUCUUUGUGGUCCAGAUGCUGAAGCGAUCCGAGCAAUUGGAUGUGUCGACCCGCCUGGAGGGUUUGGAGAGCAUUUGCUACCUCAUGACUGGUGUGUGGGGUGUGACAGCGGGACGGGCUGCGCCAGAUUACCCUCACGACGUGGAUUCCAAGAUGGCGGCAGAAACGCCCCAAUCGAAGUCGCUGCAGAUUGAGUGGAUCGAGAAAAAUGUCUCGCUAGUGCAGCAGUGCUCGGGAAUUGAGGUUCUUAUCGAGUGCCUUUGCCGCCUGUUUGACAAGAAUCGCUCCUCCCUGGGACCGGAUACAGAUGGGAUGGAAUUCGAACGUCUCAACCCACGCGAUAUUGCAGCACCAGAGCGGGAGGCAAACCUUGUCCUCACCUCGUUGUAUCUUGCGGUGGAAGUCGGUCGAAAACAGGAGGCCCGUGAUCCCCAGUGUACCCUGAUUCGCGACGCCUUGACUGCAUCAAAGCCGAGUUUGCUGGUCACCAUCGUCGAGAUCAUUGCUCGGCUACGAUGGGACGAGUCGGCCAAUAUCCCCUUGACUAGGAUUAUCAUUUUGCUCUGGAAAUCGGUUCUUCUUGUAUUUGGCGGUUCCGAGAACCUCAAGAGGGCGAAAGAAGUCUUGGAACCGUCUCCCAAGUCCGAGAAGGAAUCUCCCAACCGCAGAACACCCUUUUUGACUGCAUCUCCAUUGGACUACCAGCUUUUCCGGCAAGAAAUCACGUCAAAAUACCCUGCCUACAACCCUCCGCCGCCUGUUGUUCCUCUUGACCUGGAAACCAAUUCGAUUCUCCCACCACUUCCGCAACAUCCCAGCAGAACCAAUCCAUCAACUGGUCUCUUUUCUGGUGUCGGCCCGUCGAUUUCUGGAGGCAAUGGCUCCAUUCUGCAGCAGUCCGUUCACAUCGCAACUCCGGCGCCGUCUCCUCCACCAUCACCUAUUGGCCCAGGCGGAAAAACCGGAAAGAAGCAGAACUACCAGACCAACCAAAAUUUCCCUUUCAUGUACCCACCCUUGGAUGAUGAUAGCAACCACAUUGGCGGCAAAGGCACCACCGAACGCCAGGACACCUUGGUUGGCAGGCGAUGGGAAGGUAGUGAUGUGCCCGCAUCGGUCAUCGAGGCUGGGAAGCUUUUCUCGACACAUAUCAAGAUGACCCGGGCAAUGCGCCAGCUGUGGGAUGAGCGAGAGAAUUUCAUGAAAUACGACCGGGGGUGGAAUUGCGAGGAUUCUGCCCAUUUCCCUGGCCCUGUCUCCGCGGACGAUCUGACGGAAGAGUUGGACCGACUGGGUCUCUCUGAGGAUCAGAAGAAGCCGACACCGCAACCAGCAGAGAAAGAAAAAGAGACAGACGAUACAGACAUCCAGCGACGUCUGGAUGCAGUUGAGUCUUUCUACACCCAAACCUUGGCUCAUCUUCAGUCCAUCACGAUUGUUUUCUUGAAAAUCACCUUGACGAAUGUCAGUGCAGUGGUCAGCCAAGCUAGUGCUAAGAACUCGCAAAACUUGAGUAACGGCCAUGGCGUCAACGGCCCCUCGAGCGAGCCCCUACCUGAGCCGUCUGUCGAUGAGCUGGACGGUAUUCGGUUGCGUGAAAUCACAGGCAAAGCCGUUUCAGGUACCUUAUUGCUUCUCUUGAAGUGGUUCAAGCGAUCCCAUAUCUUGAAAUUCGAGUACAUGACGCAGCUUCUGCUCGACUCGAACUAUUUGCCUCUCAUCCUCAAGAUGUUUGCUCAUCAGGAUGUCGACCGAGUGGUGGCACAGAAAAACGAUCGUGAAGAAUUGGGCUUUUUCCGCUUCUGCCAGACGCAUUCGGACCUCGCAUCCGAGGGCGAGGCCUGUCCCGAUACGGAGCCAGAAAGUGAAGAUGAGGCUGCCCCGCCUCCCAUCGCUCGGCAUCGUCCCAAUCCUGCGGCCGGCAGUACCUCGAUGCGAGCAUCGUCGCCCGACGAAUUCGUUAGCGAGAUUUUCGAGGACACGCGACCAGAAGUGGACGAACUUGGCUACCCCACGGCGCCUCUGCCCAAGGAACCGAUCAAGAUCUUCUCAUUCCGCAACUUCUUCUCUGUCAUCAAUUACCUACACAUCAUGCAGAAGAUCACGCGCAACAAGGCGCACCGCUGUCUACUUCUCGUGCAGUACAAAUCCAGCACGAUCCUCCGCAAGGGCUUGAAGAUCCCGGACCCCGAUCUCCGCUUCUACACGCUCAAGCUAUUCAAGUCCCAAGUGCCUUAUUGUGGACGUAAAUGGCGCCAGAGCAACAUGCGCGUUAUCACCGCUAUUUACCUGUACUGCCGCCCAGAGCUUCGAGACGAUUGGCUGGCUGGAUCCGAUGUCGAUGCCGAGGUGGAGGAUGCAUUGCCGCUAGAACAGGCCCUGCGCGGACUGACGCACUGGUGGCAUCUGCGCCAAUACCGGGAUGUGAUGGGCGGGCCGCCAGAAGGAACGUCGUUGAUGGAGGAGGAGCGGGAUUUCUUCGUGCGGGAGCUGGAGUCGAUGGGAUGGGGUUUCGCGGACGAGAUUCUUAGUGGCGUGGGUGACGAGCCGGAGAUGGGCCACGCCCUGAUGAACGGGGCCGAAUGGGAAGCUGGGCCGUUGCAGAUGGAAGGAUGGACGUGA